AUGGGUGGCCUCUCGAGCCCCGAGGAUGUCCGCGAACUCCUGGGUCCGCCCAAACAGACCGCUCUCCCAUGUAUGAACGUGCCCCCACCGGUGAACCUGUCAGUCGCAGAGUUGGAAGCGGAGCGAGCCCUGCAGAAGAACUGGCCCAUGUUUCCGCGUGGACCGCUGAGAGACUACCUAGAUGCGUAUGUGCGGAUGAACAAUCGAGCUCCAGGUAUCGAGGGCCUCAGGCUUGUGGGUGGUAGAUCUAUCUACUUUUGCCUAUUUUGCCUGACGAGCACGGCGCAAUGGAGUUCGGGGCUUGAGUUGAUCAACCACCUUGACAAGUGUCCCGCCACACUGAAUGGUUGA